AUGUGGGGUACAUGGCACUGCAAUGCAGGGAUUACCGUCUUGCAAAUAUGUUGCUUGAUGAAGGAGCCGAUGUCAAUUGCCAAUACUGCCCACAUAUGGGACGGCUUGGCGAUUGCUUCGGGUAAUUUGAAUAUGGAUAUGGUGACGCUGCUUCUUGAUAGAGGAGCGGAUAUUAAUGCUCUAGGCGGUGAGAUGGGAAGUCCUCUCCAAGCUGCGAGUAGUGCAUACUACGUGAUUGGAAUGAAGGUCAUGCGUGUGGAGCAGACAUUAAUGCUGGAGAUGAAAGAAGCGGAACUGCUCUAA